UCUGGCCGAGUGAACGGCGAGCAGAGGCGAGCCAAACCGAGCCGCAUGCUCGCGGUGCAACAAGGCGAACGAGAGCGAAAUGGACCGGCGGACAGGAGCAGCGGCAGCACGAGCAUCAUCCAGUGAGGACCGACACAGUAUUUAGGGUCCUGUUGUAUCUCUGAGGACACACAGAAAUGAAGGAAUAGGAGAAACAGUUAAGGCCCUCCAGCUGACCUCAGGGCUGUGUCCUGUGAGGAUUUGUUGUUGGUGGGCCAGCUGAAGAGGCGUGCAUGUGAGUGAGAGGUGAUGAAGUCCAACAUGAGGCAGUGGCGGAGGCUGGUGCUGGCAGGAAUGCUGGCCUGGGGACUCCUCUUCCUCGCCCUCCUUUCCUACUUCCUGGACGCUCGUGUGAAUGAGCCCCUGACCUCUGCUGGCUCUUUGCUCUCUCAGCACCCCGACACCCGCCGCCUGACCUCCAUCCAGGCCUCCCACCAACAGCUUGCCAACCUGGGCUUUCGACCCGAGCUGCCCUCCACCUCAACUUCAACCUACCCCCGAGAGGAGCAGCCUUCUGCUAGCACUACGAUCCCUGAUAACAGCCUGGAGGCCAGCCGCAGCCCCAACAGUGCCCCCUAUGCCGUUUAUGCCAGUCAGGAAGCUAGCCAGCAGUACUAUCUGGACCACCAGAGCCUGGCUGCCUGGUCCUCUUUUGGUACAGAAAAUAUUGGAUCUCAAUCAAACCCUGUAGUUCAAAGUCGAGAGAAAACCUCCCAGGCCACAGAUUACCAGAACCCCGUCAGUGCCACUCAAAACCGUGAUGGAGGAGAAGAAGAUGACGAAGAAGAAGAGGAAGAACUUGGAAACAGAAUAAGGAGUGCAAAAGGCAGAGGUCCCAGUGGGGAAUAUUACUUCUCAAAGUCAGCGUCAGUGGUGCAGCGGCUGUGGCGAGGCCGCGUGUCGGCCAGCAUGCUGAGUCCACGACUUCAGCGUGCCAUGAAGGACUACUUGAGCGUCAACAAACAUCACGUCUCCUUCAGCGGGAAUCGCAAGACGGCACAGAGCGCCAAGGAGCUGCUGUGUCAGAUGAAAGCGCAGGCCAAGCUGAGGACAGUGGACGGGUCCGAGCAGCCCUUCUCCUCGCUCGGCUGGGCUAGUCUCAUCCCGUCUCUUCCCUUGGAGGAGCUUUAUAAACUGCAAGGACACAGCAGCUUCAAGACCUGCGCCGUGGUCACAUCAGCCGGUGCCAUCCUGCACUCAGGACUGGGCAAAGAGAUCGAUACCCAUGAUGCAGUUUUACGGUUCAACACAGCGCCCACUGAGGGAUACGAGCGAGAUGUGGGGAACAAAACCACUAUCCGCAUCAUAAACUCACAGAUUUUGGCCAAUCCUCGCCAUCAGUUCAACACGCGCUCCAUUUACAAGAAUGUGACUCUGGUGGCCUGGGACCCUGCGCCUUACACUCUCAACCUGCAGAAGUGGUAUGCCAGUCCUGACUACAACCUGUUUGGUCCAUAUGUUGAGCACCGCAAACUCCAUCCUGACCAGCCCUUCUAUAUCCUCCACCCCAGCUACCUGUGGAGACUGUGGGAUGUGAUUCAGAGCAACACUCAGGAGAACAUCCAGCCCAAUCCCCCCUCAUCUGGCUUUAUAGGCAUUCUCCUGAUGAUGGCGCUGUGCGAGAAGGUGCACGUGUACGAGUACAUUCCCUCCAUGAGGCAGACGGACCUGUGCCACUACCACGAGCGUUACUACGACGCCGCCUGUACACUGGGUGCCUACCAUCCGCUCCUGUUCGAAAAGAGCCUGAUCCAGCGGAUCAACAUGGGACCCAAGAGGGACCUGAGGAAGAAAGGCCGGGUCACUCUUCCAGGCUUGAGCACCAUCAACUGUGACAUCUGAGAUAAUGAAAACUGACCCUUUGAGCCUGCGUAUACAAACACACUCCGGCCUUUUUUCUGGCUGAGUAAGGGAGAGGUGCAAUAAAGCCACAGGAGACACGGAGGCUGGAGCUUACAUGUUGGAAAUGAGACCCAUGAAGAACAUAAGCCAUAGCCCUCCAGCGGGGGAUCAAUGUGGGGAACUUGUCUUCAUUAAAAUGGCUUACCUGACCACAGACUGGCAGGACAAGCUCCAAGACGGGGCUGGAAAAGAAGUUUCUCUCUGCUUUAGCUGAGCCACGUUAGCUGUGGAGCUGACUAGGGUAGCAACAGAUCAGUGUUUUUAGAUAGGCAAGUGAAUUUUACAAUAACUGGCUGUGUUUCAGUGGUGUAAACUCUGUUUUUUCAAAUGUUGAGGGUGGUCCUCUUUAUAACAAUUUUUUUUUAUUUUUUACUGGUCCAAAAGGGUUGUGAAUAAGAAAAGAAGUCAUGUGAUGAAUGUCAGAAAUGUAACAUAUGCUCACAUGUUCAUAAUACAUGCAAAGAAGGAGAGAAGUGAAGCUCUCAGCAGUCAUAUUACUGUUCAUGUCAUGGCUCUGCAGCAGGGCGCUCCCUGUUUGACAUUCCCCGGAUAUCUUCCUGUGAUGUCAGAAGUUGUUUCGUGUUGUCAUGGGGGGUUUAUUUCAAACCUACGUUUACUAAAUUACUCUCCUGUGCAUGCCAAGCUUAAUACCAUUACCAUUUUGUGUCAAGAGGCCUGUCCAUGUGGGUAAAUAAAAGAACAGCAUAGACGUAAGGAGGGCACUUGUUUUUAAGAUUAAUUGAGGAGCCUUUUUUAAAAAAUGAAAUCAAACAUUGGGGCCAAAAUGGAUCUUUGGUGCUCAGAACAGCUGUAACCCCGUGCCUAGUGGUUGUCUGAACACUUUCCUCGGGUUGCCUUGUGCCUGUUAGCUACAUGCAGUAACACACUGUGGCAGGACUGCAGUAACAUGGAGUUUAAUUGCUGUGGGAGCUGUGGAGCGGUUGAAAUUGCUGAAGCAAGCUGCAUCAGGGGAUUCUCAGCUCUGCAUCAGCAGCAAACGGUCAGUUCGCUCUUUAUUGAAUGUAAGUUUUACCGUUGCGUGUAAUGGCCAAACCCCCCCACACCUUCAAAGCUCCACACUGCAUACGUGCAGGGUUAUUCUUCGGCCAUGAAACAGCAUUAAACUCAUUUCCUACAUCUAAAAAUGCCUCAUAUUUCCUCGAUCCUCUAAUAGCGGUGAGCACCUGUCUGCAGCUCUGAGUGGAGACUAUAAUAACAGAGGAAUUUGUACUGGUAAUAUCAUCAAAAUUGCUUUGUCUCCAGCCAGGAUGAUUUUGAUGUUUACAGUCAGUGAGAGGAACAUCUGCAGCGAGCUGUGAAGGGGUAUUAGCUCAGCAUGCAGAGCAAAGGAGGCCUGCGUGUGUUUUUUGCUGAAAAUGUUAGGGGUGAAAA